AUGUCGAGUUCACCUUUAGAGAAAUAUGACACCAUUUUCAAGAGCGGCUUUGAAGUGGGCAAUGCUGUCGAAAUCAGUCGCCAUGACAAUCCUCGCCGCAGUGAAAGCCAGAUGGCCACUGGAGAGCCGAGCAACCCUCUUGAAGGUAUUCCCCGAGAACAGCUCAAGAUCGAUGCAAGACUUUUCGCUAUCGGCCUAGGCCUUCAAAACGAGAUCACCUACUUCGAAAAGGGGGCGUUGGCUGCACAGACUCCGAAAGCCUACGAAGACAUACCGGAGCUAAAUGAAGAGGAUCGAGUCGUUCUGAGAAACGAAAUCGAGCAUCGCUGGAAGCAUCCCAAAGCUCUCUACUUCACCAUUCUUAUGAACUCGGUGAGCGCAGCAAUACAGGGCUGGGACCAAACAGGGUCAAAUGGAGCAAAUUUAUCUUUCCCACAAGCAUUUGGGAUUGCGGACAAAGGCGAGGCCUGCUUAAUAGCCGGAACAUGUGCAAGAAACUCCUGGAUCAUUGGUGCCAUCAACAGCGCGCCGUAUAUGGCUAUUUGCGUCAUCGCUUGUUGGCUGUCUGAUCCCGUCAAUAACUGGUUCGGAAGACGCGGUGCAAUCUUCCUGGGCGCCAUCUUCAGCAUCCUCGGCCCCGUAGGCCAAGCCCUUUGCCAGACUUGGCCACAGAUCUUGAUCUGCAGAAUUCUUCUCGGCAUGGGAAUGGGACUGAAAGAAGUUACUGUGCCCGUAUUCUCGGCUGAAAACUCACCACCUAACAUACGUGGAGCUCUUGUCAUGUCAUGGCAACUUUUCAGCGCUUUUGGGAUCAUGCUUGGAUUCCUUGCAAAUCUCGCUCUGGUUGGGUUUGGGGACAUCGCCUGGAGACUUCAACUUGGUUCCGCCAUGAUCCCCGCAGUACCUUUGCUCCUGGGAAUCUACUUUACACCUGAAUCACCCCGCUGGCUAUUGAAGAAGCGCAGGUUUAUCCAAGCCUACGAGUCACUCCUGAGACUACGUGGCAACAAUUUACUCGCCGCUAGGGAUCUUUACUUCGUCAACGCACAGCUUGAAAAGGAGCAAGAAUUAGUGGAGGCUGACGGGCUUGGUGACAGCAACUUUCUCACCAGAUGCGUGGAGUUAUUUACCAUCCCCAGGGUCCGUCGGGCGACACAAGCAUCGGGUAUUAUCAUGGCUGCUCAGCAGUUUUGUGGAGUCAAUCUCAUGUCAUUUUACUCCUCGACGCUCUUUGUGGAAGCAGGGGCAAGUAACACCAUUGCUCUUCUGGCAUCAUGGGGAUAUGGUAUGGCAAUGUUCCUUUUCGCGAUCCCGGCUUUGUGGACCAUUGAUCGCUGGGGCCGCAGAGCGCUGCUGUUGGUCACCUUUCCGAACAUGUGCUGGGCUAUGCUAGCAGCAGGCAUGGCCUUCUACAUUCCGCAGAGUAGUCCCUCACACCUCGGCGUUAUUUGCUUGUUCAUUUAUAUCUUCGCCGCAUUCUAUGGUCCGGGAGAGGGGCCAGUGGCGUUUGUCUACUCGGCCGAGGUUUUCCCUCUAUCACAUCGUGAGGUUGGCAUGGCUUGGGCCGUCGCAACGAACAACUUCUGGGCCAUCGUCGUGGCACAAACAUCCCCGCCACUUCUCCAGGCCAUCAAGCCCCAGGGAGUCUUCACACUUUAUUCUGUCUUUGGCGUUAUAUGCUUGAUUCUCAUCUUUCUAUUCCUUCCAGAGACGAAGCAACGCUCUCUUGAAGAACUUGAUGACGUUUUCUCGGUUUCUACCAGGCGGCAUGCGUCUUAUCAACUAUUGGAGGCCUUGCCAUGGUGGUUUAAGCGCUAUAUCAUGCGCAAGAGAAACGAGCCUGAACCUACGUUAUAUCUUUUCGAAGUGGAGGAAAACAUUGAGUCGGGACCAAAGUCCUAG